GCGUGCACGCACGCAAACGGUUUUCCGCCUCCGGUGCGCGAGAUCCGACUCGUGUGCGCGUCAACUUAGUCGUCAAAGCCAAACGACAAGGUCUGUAAAAAAUACAAUAAAAAUAAAAAAAAACCGAGUGCUUGUUGAAACGGAUAGAGCGAAAAAAGCUGUGCGAAUGAUACUCGUUUCUGGACCCGUCGACGCGUAAGUCUCAUCGCGUGACGUGUGACGAUGGAACUGAUGGAAGAACCAGGUUCGCGUAAAUCAGUGUCCUGCGACAGGGACGGGCCGUACUAUUCGACGCUGAACCGGCCCGGCAGAUCUCCGUCGACCAGGUCCACACCGUGCAGGUCUACUUCGCGCACGUCUACCCCGGGCCGGUCCACAUCGGGCAGAUCUACUUCGGUGUGCAGCAGAUCUACGGCGGACCGGUCGACGACUCCCGAAGCACCGCCAGUCCCGCCGGCCACCUAUCACUGGGAGGAGGUGAGGAGAAAACGGUCGGUGGGCGGGUACCCGUGGACGCAUCUCAACAAACCGCCGUUCGACGAAAACACCUGGGUGAAGUAUGAAAGGGAUCACGUAUACGAACCUGUGACGCCAGCAGUCAGCACUGACCGGAUAUCACCGGCCGUCGUGAAUCCGUUAAAAGACGAUAACCGUCAUUUUCUACGCAUACCAUUGACGGAAGAACUCGUAAUGGCCGACGACACGGGUUCGGAACCCGAAAGCGAACAACAACAACAUCGACAACGACGACAAAACAAAGAGAAAGAAGACGACGAUGACGAUGAAGACGACGACAACGAUGACGACGAAGAAGACGACGACGGCGAAGAGGACAAUGACGACGACGAUGGAAAUGUCGAUAAAAAAAAUGUAAGAUCCGACGAAUCGAUUUAUGAGGGUGAAAACGAAAACUCGUCCAUGGGCGAUGUAGAGUCCGGUAACACGCGCAUGAAGGUGUUCCAGCAAAAAGUCAAAGUCAAAGCAGACAUACUGCGCUCCAAGUUGCAAGGGGUGACUAAACGGAAGCCCAAGCAAAAAAUAGUCAUGGACACGCCGAACAGCGAAAAGCCCCGCCGCAAGUUCGGUCAGUUCGCCACUCUACCGAAAAAGUUCACAUUCAAUGCACCCAAAGUGAACUUCUCCACGGCCUUAGGACAUUUCUCCCGGAGAUCUGUGGACCCGAACGAAUCUAGCACGGACGAGACGAAGAGCGUUCGAGAAGAGACGAAGAGUGGUCGGUUCUCGCUACCACGUUUUGGAUUGUCUAGGACGUCGUCGGAAUCUCCGAAACCGUCAAAAUCUGUAAAAAUCGGUGGCUCCCGGCUGUCUAUACCGGGUUUCCGGCCGCGCACUUGGUCGGACGCGUCAAAAGUGUCGAAGCCGGACAGUCCAAAACCCCGGAUAAUGGAUUUCGGCACGUACCCGAGAAUAUUUUCGAAACGCAGGAAAACCAACGCGGCGAAUAAAGCAAAAACACCACCGCCGUCGUCCGACGGAGGAGAGCCAGAAUCGAAUAACUACAAGCGGAAGGACUCUUUCCAUCGGCGCUUCUUUCGGUCACACAAAGAGUCAACGCCGGCUCCGACGGAAGAACAGACUGCCACGCUGGCUGUAGAAGAAGAGCUGGACGAGCCAGCGCUGCAGGUAUCCAAGGAAUCGUUGGCUGAAUUUGGCGACAGCGAUCUACAGGAGGUGAUAUCGUUGAGCGACGACUGCAGCCGAUCGAAGGACGCGAAGAGCUUGUCCGAGCACCGAGCAGGCGUGAUCGAGGAGAUUGAUUCCGAUGAGUUUUUCCUGCGUGAGAAAGGUCUGAGUCGCGGUGACGUGCACAUCAGCAAUUACCUGUCGUCGGAGAUCAGAGACGUGUUCCGGUCGAACCGGACACGGUCCGUGGAAGGCGUUAACGACAACGUCAACGGCGAGGUCGCCAGAAACAACCGCGAGACCAGUAGCGGUAUCGCCACACCGGUUAGACCGUCGCGGACCAAUUCGCUGAGGAGACCUAACCGGCACACUGUAACCGACGCGAACACCGAGCGAUCUUACGUCGCUGAUCGAUUCAGCACGAUGCCGAAAUCGUUCGGCGGCACCAGGUCGUUGAAGAAACCGGAAGACGACACGCCCGAGAACAUCAUCACCAGUCAGACGUUUGAACCGUCACAAAAUCCAGUGCUCCCGUCGGGAGUGCCCUGGAGGACUUCCGGCAGGCAGACUUCCGCCGCCACCGUUACACACAUGCCGCCAAAACCACCGACCAGACAACGCAUGUCCAAGUUUUCCACGUUUGACACGCGGUCAAUGAUUGAUUUGUCCAGAAAGAGAAGCCAGUCACAAAUCGGAUUCCAGGCGUCAAUGAACUUUUCGGAGACCGCGCCAAAAGCGCCGAUGCGUCGGUCUAGGACUUCGUUGGCCGGUUCCGACCACGAUAUUUCGUCGGCGGUGGCCGAUUAUGGCGGCCGGCCUUCGUGGGCGGUCAACGGUCACGGCGCAGGAGUGCCGACGCCGCCGUUGCGCCGUUCGCGGAUGUCACUGUCUGUGGACGCGGACGUCGAAGAGCGGUCAGCGACGGCCGCCUACGCUGUAAACGGUAGUGCGUCCGCGAAGUCCGCGGGCUCCACGCCUCCACGACCACCGCCGCCACGGACGACCACAACGACGUCUUCCUCAGUCGCGGGUUACGCGACGGUGGACAAGUCGUCGCAAUCCACCGCGACACUACUGUUACCGCCACAGUCACCGAUGCGGCACAGACGGAAAAAAUCAUACGACGUGAUCAAAAGCCAAGAGUUUGGGGCGUUCUUCACCAUACCGAGGUCGUACAGCUACAGCGACAGGAAUGCACGGCCGCCCACGACUGCAGCAGACACCAACAGCGCGGCCAAACUGCCACCGCCAUCGAGACCCGCGCGCGCCUACAACACACUGGGACCGUCUCGACCGCUCCGGCGCCGGUUACCGGUCAGCGAACCCGAGUAUGGCGACGUGGCCGACGACGGCAGUGGCCGCCACCGUAAUGACGACGACCACGGCGACGACAGGAACGACGGGACGGCCAAAGCCGCUGCUGCGUUGUGCUCGGGCGACGUGAUCGAAAAGAUGAAACUUCGGCCGUUGCCGUCACCGCCACCGCCGCCGCGCAAGUCGAGAGCGGCCGACGACAUGGCCACGCCCGAACCCCAACGGCGCAGAAACACCGAUUCCGCCCUGGUCCCUUUUUUAGAUCGACGAGAAACGUCUGCAACAUCGUCUAACGAUUUUUUUGCCGACGUUUCUCGUGCGCUGCUCGCGUCUGCCGCCCAAAACGCCGUUGCUACCUGUGCCGACGACGUGUCCGUGGCCGUCCAGACCGAUCCGUCGCCAGCAGCUGAUGACUACCUCUCGGACGACCAUCGCGAUGACGGGUCCUGCUGUUCGGCCGAUUCAUAUGACCGGCCGUCGAAGUCUACGGCAGCGGCAGCAACGCCUCGACACCUCGCUCCGAAAACGCUGACCACCGCCGCCUCCACCACUGACCGACCCAGAACCCGGUCGUCAUCCCAGGUCACCGAGUACGUUGACCGGCCGACGUCCGGCAUGUCGGUAACCGCAGCAGACGACUGCAGCUGCAACGGUUACGCGAUGGUGUCCGACGCGGCCGCUGCAGGCGGUGUCACUGCAGUGCGCGCGCAACGCAUAACCGUCGAAGAGUUGCAAGUCGGCAGGAUGAUCGUAGCCGACAUACUCGGACAGCGAAUGGCCGUCGACGACAUGUCCGGAUCUAGUCUGAAGAUCGCUCAAUUCGCCGCUGCGGCUCAACAUCCGUCUCUGCAGCAGGACGCCAUGGCCGCCGUUCAAGCCGCGCCCGCGUGUGCAGACGACCCGAUGACCACGCACGUUCCGCACCAUAUGCAGGACGACGCCGCGUCGGUUCAGUCUUCGCGAGUGUCGUCCAUGUACCCGGAAGUGGAUUCGGACGAGGACCGAGCCAGCGUGUUGGCCGCGCCCACGCCACCGCGUCGACGCAGCAAACCUUCGUCCUCGCCGCGUUCACCAGCCACCGCCGGCCACCACGACCAGGGCAAAAACGGCUGCGGGCCACCGGGAACCGUGGGCGCCGUCGACCUGUCCGCCGCCGACCCGUCCAUCACUGAACUCAGCUGUCAGCUGUUCCGUUUGUGCCACUCGAACGUGUGCAGCCUGUUCACCAAAGUCGUCCAGCAAGUGGUCCCCGAAGACACGGAGAAGCGGCGCGACCUGCAAGCCGCCCUGUGCUUCCUGAGCAUCAUACUCGCCGGUCUACUGAUCCUGGGCUUCGGCAACGAGAAGACCAUCCACCACCAUCACUGGGACUUUCAAUUUCCUCCCAAUCAGUAGUCACACGCCAGUCGGGCGUUGUUGCGCUGCUGUUGUUAUUAAUGUUGUUAUUGUUGCUAACCGAUCGUUGUUUCUUUAAGUUUUGCAUUUCGAUAUUUUAAUAAUUCAAUUGUUGUAUUAUAGCACGAUUGUUAAAAAAUAUCUUUACCCUAUAUAAAAACAACAGUCGUUUUUCUCAUUGGCCGGCUGGUAAAUGAUACAUUUUAGAGCUUUAAUUCAAAACACUUAACACUUACGGGUUUCGUUUAUGUACCUACCUAACUUUUUCCAAACGGUUUCGUUUUACUCAAUUUUUUUUCUAAAAUAUUUUUGCAACUCAUUGUUGUUUCAUUUAAAAACUACGUUUUAUUUUCUGUUUAUAAUCGUUCAUAAAAACCAUUAACAGAAAAUAGAUAACGUUAAGUCCACAAUGGUGAUUAGAAUUUAGAACACAAAUAUUAUGUAGGUAGGUAGGCGGUACAUCAAGCUUCGUAAGAAUAUUAAAAACAUUUUAUCAAUUAAUUAAAAAUUAAAAUGAUAUUCCGCUAUUUUAUGUUUAACGGGGUAACGCAAAGUGAAUUCAACACACUUUCGAUCACCCUUAAUGUUUAGAAUAGAAUAAACCUAGUAUAUAAUGUUAGGUUCAACUGAUUCGAGUAGAAAUGCUGAAAUAAGCUAUUAAGAUUUAUUAGUAGCACGUAUUAUUAAAUGCAAUUUGCACUUAUGUCUCUAGUCUCUACACUAGCAUAUAACGUAUAAAACUACAAAAUUAGAACUAAAUACAAUAAGUUUGAUCAGAGGAUAACAGUUCUAAAACAGUAUAACUUCUAAUAAGUCAGUAGUCACAUACCUAUACAGGUUGUGUACAAACUCAUAAAGGUGAAAUCAUCAAAUAUUUAAUUUAUAUAAGUAAUUAGGCAUUUCUGACAUAGAUGUUAUUUUAUUUGUUAAAGGUAUUGUUUCAUUAAGUCUUUAUAAGUAGAUAAAUGCAAAACUAUCAUUAUUAUUUUUAAUUUGUAUGAUUACCUACAGAUAUUGGUUAGAUUAUAAAUCUCCAUUGCUACAUCAAUAACUGAAAUCUCAAGUAAUAUUAUUUAUUAUAAGCCAUUUUUGUAGCUACAAUAGUAAAGUUACAAUUAAAAAACUUAAUCUUUGAUGUCAUCAUUAUUGAAUUAAUUUUUUAAGUUUACAACAUAUUUUAAUGAAUUCAUAAAAUAAACAGCAAUAUUUUUUUUUUAAUAAAAUAGUUUAUAAAAAUUACAUCAAUAUAAUAAAUUAAAUGAACAAUUUUUUUUAACACUGUCUAUGAUAAAAAAAAAAUGAAUUAUAUAAUAAAAAUUUAAAUAAAUAAAAACAACUUUUUAAAAUAAAUCAUCGUAUGUCACCAGUGAACGAUCAUCUCGUUGAUUUCCUUUUUGUGAUUUAUUAGUAGCUAGAAUCCAAAAAUUAUACACAUAAGUUUUGAAAAUUAAAAGCUGUACAUCUAUAUUAUGUUGUAACCAUAUAAUUUAUUUGUUUAUAUUUUCUGAAUAAAAGUAUGGUUUCACCAUCGGUUUAAUUUUAACUCA